AGCAUCUCAGAGUGGAGCGGCACAGUUGACUCACACACACACUCUUCCUAUGCCGCACACACACACACACACACUCAGCCACCGACUCUCUCACUCGCUCGCUCGCCCUCGCUCGCUCUCGCUCACACACUCGCCGAGGCGCUCAGUUCAGUUCCUCCGUGGCUGCGGCGGAGUACAGAGGAGUCAGAGAGAGAGAGAGAGAGAGAGAGAGAGAAGCAAAGAGGGAGAGGAAAAGAGAGAGGACAGGCGGCGGCACGGACGGAGAGAGAGGGACACAAUCACAGAGAGAGAGAGAGAGAGAGAGAGAGAGAGAGAGAGAGAGAGAGAGAGAGGAGCGGGAGGCAGGGAGAGCUGGAUAGCUGGUGGCUCACUCCCACACCUCAUCUUCACUUUGCUGGGACAGACACAGAAUUGAUGUCCAAGGAGGCAGAGUUGGAUGUGAGAGGCAGUGAGUGUGACACAGUCCCACCAGAGCCCAGCAGAGACCCGGAGCCGCCCAGGCCACCUCCAGCUAAGGCUAACGGAGCCACCGGCACAGCUGGCGUUUGCACGAGCAUCACCUCCAGUAGCCACAGUAGCAGCAGAAGCAGCAGCAGCAGCAGCAGAAGUGGUCUGGGUGGCAUUAGCAUCGUUAGCAGCAGCGCUGAGGGAGCAGGCGAAAGCUCCAUGCAGUUCAGCACCAGACCGCCUAGUGCUGAGCAGCCGGGCUUCAUGGGGACAUGGCAGCAGCAGAGCACUGACAGCAACCUCCUCUACAGAAUGUCCCAGCAGGGUGCUGUAACGCGUCUUCCUUUGAAGUGCGACAGGUCGACAAUGGGCCGAGACCUGGAAGAGGCCAUUCGCUGCACACUGGUGAACUGCACAUGUGAGUGUUUCCAGCCGGGGAAGAUUCACCUACGAACAUGUGACCAGUGCAAACACGGCUGGGUGGCUCAUGCUCUGGACAAGCUCAGCACCCAGCACCUCUACCACCCGACCCAGGUGGAGAUCGUUCAGUCCAAUGUGGUGUUUGACAUCAGCAGCCUGAUGCUGUACGGCACCCAGGCCGUACCGGUCAGGCUCAAGAUCCUUCUCGACCGCCUUUUCUCCGUGCUCAAGCAGGAAGAGGUUCUGCACAUCCUGCACGGCCUGGGCUGGACCCUCCGAGACUACGUCAGGGGCUACAUACUGCAGGAUGCUGCAGGCAAGGUGCUGGACCGCUGGACCAUCAUGUCCCGAGAAGAGGAGAUCAUCACCCUGCAGCAAUUCCUGCGCUUUGGUGAGACUAAGUCCAUUGUGGAGCUGAUGGCCAUUCAGGAGAAGGAAGGUCAGGCAGUUACAGUUCCCUCUUCCAAGACAGACUCCGGGAUUAGGACAUUCAUUGAGAGUAACAACAGGACCCGCAGCCCAGGGCUCCUGACACAUCUGGAAAACAGUAGCCCAUCCAGCAUUCACCAUUUUGAGAAUAUCCCCAACAGCUUAGCCUUCCUCCUGCCUUUCCAGUACAUUAACCCAGUCUCUGCCCCCAUGCUUGGCUUGCCCCAUGGCCUCCCUAUGGAGCAGUCUGCUCUCAGGCUCCGGGAGCCCAGUCUGCCAAACCAAGGAGAACAAGUGGAAACCAGUGAAUCAGAAGUGUCCCUAUCACCCUUCCGCACAGGUCAGAGCCCUAGUCGUGGAGCACUGGGAAGCAUGAACAACACUGAACCCAAGCAGGAACCCAACAACAGGGCGUCACCCAUCUCUCCAACCCCUUCCACCCAGCAGGCUCAACAGCAGCAACAGCAGACACAGCUUCAGCAGCAACAGCAGCAGGGCCAACAGCAGUCUCAAAAUCAACCUCAGCAACCAAACAGCUUGAGUGAUCACCAGGUCCACCACCACUUUGUAAAGGACGAACAGUCGAAAACCAUUACCCAUCCUUCCUUUUCCUCCAAAAUGCAUCGUAUGCGCCGCAUGGGAGCCACCUCACGGAAGGGUCGUGUGUGUUGCAACUCUUGUGGGAAAACCUUUUAUGAUAAAGGCACACUUAAGAUACACUAUAAUGCUGUACACCUGAAGAUAAAACAUCGUUGCACCAUUGAGGGUUGCAAUAUGGUCUUCAGCUCACUACGCAGUCGCAACCGCCACAGUGCCAAUCCCAAUCCACGGUUGCACAUGCCCAUGCUGCGCAAUAACCGCGACAAGGACCUCAUCCGGGCCAAUUCAACCCCUGGUACACCUGUCAUCUCAAGCACCAAGAAUGGUGGUUUUACUCUCACCAGCCCUGGAAGACCGCCACUGGGUUUCACUACUCCACCAGUAGACCCUAUGCUUCAGUCUCCCCUGCAAAGUCCACUUGUAUUCCCCUCCCUGAAGUCAGUACAGCCAGUCCAGCCAGUGCCCCCCUUCUACCGAACAUUACUGUCCCCUGCGGACCUCGUCAGUCCUCCCGUGUCACUGCCCACCAGUCCUAUCAUGCCCACCACCACCAACAGCACCACCCUGAUGGACCAGCAACAACAGAUCCUGGCUGCUGCAGCUGUGGCUUCACACAAUAAUGUUCAUUUGUCAGAGGCAGGGCACAUGUCCCACCGCUUACCUACACCUAGUGCCAAUCAGGACCUCAACACUGGCAGCAGUGACCCCACUCCCAAAAAGAAGCCUCGUAAAUCUAGCAUGCCAGUUAAGAUUGAGAAGGAAGUGAUUGACGUAGCAGAUGAAUUUGAAGACAAAGAUGAGGACGAUGAUGACAACAUCCACCAUAAUCACCACCAUCACCAAUCGUCUCUCCUGCACAACAAUGUCAAAAUUAAUGGAAACUGUAACAGCAACAACAACAGUGGUAGUGGUGGCAGAAACCACAGUGGUGGUGGUAGUGGGCAGCAAUCCCCUUCCCAGGACGAGAUGAGCCCUGGCUUAGCUCUGAGAGGAAUGAUGAGACAGAGUGAAGAUGAAUGCCGGGAAGGGACUGGUAGUGACAGCAGAGGUGGAGCCUCUGAGCUCCGAUGUAUGGACAGCUUUACCUCUGAGGAUCAGGACCAUGAGAGAGACUUUGAGAAUGAGUCCGAAACCUCUGAUUCCAAGAUGUUCUACCGAGAUGAGCUGAUGGAUGUGGAGGAACACCAAAAACACGGCAGGAGGAGUCUGGACAAGGAACAAGACAAUGAGGGUAGUGAGGAAGCUCAUUUGAGAAAGGAAAUGGAUGGAAAAGGCCAUUCCUCACCCUCCCAUCACCAGCCCCCAAUCAAGAUCAAGGAAGAACUCAAUGAUCCAACUUACGACAUGUUCUGUAUGGGCCAGUAUGGCCUAUACAAUGGAGGAAUGGCAGCAGCUGCUGCUGCUGCUGCGAGCAUGGCUGCUCUGCAUGAGAGCUUCAUCUCUUCAAUGGGCUACGGUGCCAGCCCACCCAAAUUUCCUUCUUCUCAAUCACCAGAGGGAGAUCCAUGUUCCAGUCCUGACCCCAAGAUCUGCUAUGUUUGUAAGAAAAGCUUCAAGAGCUCCUAUAGCAUGAAACUGCACUACAAGAAUGUGCACCUCAAAGAGAUGCAUGUGUGCACUGUGGCUGGCUGCAACGCCGCUUUCCCUUCCCGGCGGAGCCGAGACAGGCACAGCUCCAACAUCAACCUGCACCGCAAACUGCUGACCAAAGAGCUGGACGACAUUGUCCUGGACCCCCAACUCACGCCACUGCCCAAGGACCUGCGAGCCGAGAUACUGGCCAAGAUCUACGCGGGGCACCACAUGGGCUUGGACCCUAUGGCCGGGAUGGGCAUCGGAGGCACCAACCUCGGGCCCGCCGGCCUGAACCACAAUGCCCAUUCCCCCAUGAGCAACGAGUAUCCCCACCAUCCUCUCAACCAACACCUUAAAAACUACCACACCAACGGCUUCUCCCGGGGCCAGCCAGACGACUACAUGGUGUUGGACCUGAGCACCACAUCCAGUGUCCAGUCCGGCAGCAGUGUCCACUCCUCACAUGAGUCAGAUGAGGGCAGCGAUGAAGGCAUCCUGUUGGAUGACCUGGAGGAGGAGGGAGAGGAGGAGGAGGAGGAGGAGGAGGGCAACAGCGAGGGAGAGGACUACUCCCAGCGUGCCGAGGGGCAGGCUGAGGGGGGACAUCGGGAUGAGACUGGAGAACUAAAAGGAGGACGGGGUGAGGGCUUGGACCCUUCCUCCUCACCGUUCCUCCUUUCGUCCACUGGGGGCAGUAAUGGCAGCAGCAGUGGGAUCCUCUGUAACAUCUGCCACAAAAUGUACAGCAACAAAGGGACCCUGCGUGUGCACUACAAGACUGUGCACCUGCGAGAGCUGCACAAGUGCAAAAUCCCCGGCUGCAACAUGGUGUUCAGCUCUGUGCGCAGCCGUAACCGACACUCUCAAAACCCCAACCUCCAUAAAAACAUGCCCUUCUCUACAAUAAUAGACUAAAGAAUGACUUACUACUCUGCCCUCCUGUCAGUCUGCCGCUCCUCCCUUCAUUCCUCAUUCUUAUUCCUCCUCAAAUUAGCUUUUAACCCCAGCCCAAGGCCAUCAAAUACAAGCUAAAUGCCUGUAUGUCUCCUGCCCAUCCUCUGUAAGUCAUUGCAAGACAUUUCAAUCUCCAUCUAUGAAAUUAAUUGACUCUAAAUACAGUUUAUUAUUGUGUCCUUUGACUUUUCCUUCUUUGGAAGAACAGGAUGACACUCUUCAGCCUGGAGUUUGCUUUAUAACAAAACUCCAGUUGUUUCUUUUUUCAUAAGCUCCUCCAUCUUUUCCUUUCUAACUUCUCCCCACUUUGUGUUUAUGUCCAUCUCCAAAGAAUUCAUUCAAACUCUUAUUUGUGACUUUGCCUGCAGAAACGAUAGUAUUGAGAAAAAAAAAAAGAAAAUCUUCUUGUUGUAUUUGUGUAAUGAUAGCUUUUAAAUGAACCCCUUACAAAAGCAUGACAGCUUCAUUUGUAAAUAAUGUCCCAAGAGGCUUUUGGUGUAAAAGAGUUGUGUUGAUGGUUGUUUGCUUCUUUUUUCUCUCUUUAUGGUUUUAUGUUACAGUCCAGUACAAUACUUCCAGCUAUAGGCAAGAAAGAGGUAGCAUCUUACUAGCUUGACUCAUUUAUGUUAGCUUCAAAGACACGUUUUAAGCUGAGUCCUAGGGAAAAAAAAGAAUAUCAUGUGACUUGUUUUAUCUACUUGUUAGAUAUUCAGAGGUUGCCGGCAUGCUUUUUUAGGCUCCUACACUGAUAUCAUUCUCUGUAUUUCUAUUGAUUUUUUUGUCUGUUAUGUUUAUGAGCUUCAGUAUACCAAUUCAGUUUUUGCACUUUGCAUCUAUACAAGGGGAUGUGUAAUAUUAUGAUAAUGAGGAUUUUUUUUUUUUUUGCAAUGGUGCGUUUAGGUGUUGUUUGGGGUCAUUGAUGGCUACAGCGCCAAGGGAAGUGACAGUACCUUCAGCAGACUUGUGCCAGUUUCUUUUUGCACGUGCUCAGUUUCAAACAGUUUCACGACAGAAAACAUCUCGCCUCCCAGAACAAAACUGAGAUCUUCCCCCCAUUGCUAAACAAAAAGUGUUCAGAAAGUGUCUCCAAAGUGUCUUGCUUAAAAACAAACCCAGGUCUGACUAAAUAUGAACUGCUGUUUCGCAAACACAGAAGAGGUAAUAUUGAUGAAGUCCCCCCUCCUCUUUUUGCUUCCGGAGUAAUUUGUGUAUGUUUGUUCUAAUCACAACAACUUCUUCAGAGGUUUAGUCAGUUUAAUCUGUCUAAAGCAUGCAUUUAUUUUGUCGAACAAAGGUAUCAAUGCAAAAACUGGUGUUUGUUGUCAAGAAAGGCGUCUUAAUGAAAUCUGAUUUUCCCGCAGAGAAAAAAGAUUAAACUAGUCCUUCAACUGUGACCAAAAUAUAAGUGUUUGCUUGAGAAAAGCUCUUUCAGUGUGACAUUGUACCUAAAUCAAGCCCCGUUGGAUUAAUAUGAUGCACUUGAGUCUUAAAACCUUUGCUGUGAUAUUUUGCAUAUUUCCAUUGCUGAGUGUCGGUUUCAAAUAUACUCUAUAAAAAUGUCGCCAUUUUUCUGGCUGUUGGUUGCAGCGGUUUUUAACAUGUCCAUAACUGUCUUACGGUACAAAUAUUUCCAGUAACUGGGCAAAGUAGCCGAGGGAAGGGGUAUUUAUUAGUGGGUGAUGUAUCUUCAUGGAGAUUUCUUUCUUUCUUUCUUUUUUUUUUUGUCCGGUAUAAGAAUUUUUUGUAAAGAAAAAAAAGAAUAGAGAUUGGUUCUCAGUUUGACUUGUUUAUCAAUGUAUUAGCAAUGCCAUGUGUUACUAUACAAGGAGAUCUUCUCUUACUUGACUGGUGCUACACACAGUGUGGGAAAAUAUGCAGUGUUAUGUGGUGUGCUGUACAGUAUUCACAACACCUUACAUCCAUAACAGUGUUGAGUUCCACUUAUUUCACACUUAAGCCAUUUUGCAAUACAGACAUGACCUAUUCAAUUGAAAUAUUUCAUGUCUUUUUUAAGACUCCACCUAUAUGACACAUGCAGUUUUUAGUUCUCUGUUCUCAGAGAUAAAGAGGGUGAGACAGAGAGCUGAGGCUGAUGGAAAGGUUGCGGAGGUGGAAGGCUGACUAGGGAGGAAAGGAUGACAGCAACGAUCAUUAAAAAUGUGCUGCUUCUCUGUUACCUGGAGGCGUCCCGCCAUUCCAGCUUCUUCUGUCUAAUAACUCACUUGUCACUUCGUUUCACUGCCAGACGCCAGGGCUGCUGACAAGACUGUGACACUGACAGAAGGAGAAAAAGAGGGAAAGCCAGUGUGCGCUCUGAACAAUUUAAUUUGACUCAUUCAAUUUAGUUGAAUUCAAUUCAUCUAUUCAUUUUCUACAUGCGCUUCUUAAUCGGCGUCGCUGGUAAUUCAGUUCAACUCUUUUUCUCUUACUUCUCUGUUUUUCUCUUUGUCUGUCAGAGCGCAGUCAUUUAACAACCGCCUUACCCAUUUCUUCAACCCGCCACUCACUUACCACCUCCACACGCCACAGCGCAGAUCCUACAGGGACACACACUAAUAGUGUAUGCUUAAGUUCACUGGACGGCCAUGGCAUAGGAAAAAGGGAUGGGUAAUUGCCUGUUUAUCCCAAGUGAAGGGAAAAUUGAGUACAGGAACCCCUGCCUUCUCCCAGGAGUGGGUUUCACUGAGGCGCUUGCUGCCUCAUUCACUCAUUCAAUCCCCCCGGCCCUCGCUCUGGCAGAAAUAAAAAAGUGCUACUCCAGGAACCCUGCUGACAGCUGUCUCUCUAACACACAACCAUGCAAACACACAUGCACACAGAGAAGAGUGGCACACACUCAGAGGGAUGACAAGGCCUAGAUGACUUGUUAACCUCUAGUGAUGGAGAAGACAGGGGCAGAGAAAAUAUUCUCAGCACAGGAAAUGAAACUCAGUUCUUAGUAUUAACACAUAGCUGCAUCCACUACAUAGAAAGCAAGCAUUCCAUAGCAAAGAAUGGCGUGAGCUAUAAUUAAAUAAGACAAGAAAAGCUCUUACUAUUACUACUUUAUUCUAAAAAUUGUUCAACAGCUAAUGAUUUGAGACUUUCUGGCUUAGGAGGCCAGUGAUUAAAUGAAGAAAAUCUAUUAAAAAGGUCAACAAGCUCACAGAUUGAUUUGAACCCUCUAGAAUGAAGAGAGCUGCAUGUACCAAAAAUAUCAAAACUUAUCUUAAUGUAAGUGUGCUCUGGCCAAUAACCUCAGUUGCAAUGCUAAGUUUUCAGACUUUUUUUUUUUCUCCCAACCAACACAUUCCUUAUGUUCUGUUCUUUACUGUCCAUUUCUCAAGUAGCAGCUGCAGAGCAUGGCCUGUCUUGUGUACUGGCAUGUUCCAGACAGAAAACUGAAUAUCAUAGAAGAGGUACCCUUAAAACGCCUUUCUACUACCUCCCUUCAGGCGCUCUCAGAGUCCUGGCAAAUGACUGUCCAUGAGUAGGGAGACGGCCGAGAGAGACGGGAGAAGGGAGGAAUGGGGUAAGGGGAUUGGGUUUAGAACGCGGUCUGGCCACAGUCUUGCAGCAGUCACUUAACAAUGCAGGGGAAAAAGAGAGGAAGUGAGGCUGAGGAGAGAGUGAGAAAGCAGCAGAGCUAGGACUCCCCGGGACUUAUCCCCAGCUUUUUCUUGAUUGCCUGUUGGAGAGCGAUCGAGCCACCCCUCACAUUUCCACCCCUCUCCUCUGGACUCUUUUCCCCUCUGAGAAAUGACCACCGAUUUUCCCUCUCUUCUGAGAAAGCCUCCGAUCCACGCACUCCUAAAUUCUCCAACCAUAAGGGUCCAGAGGCAUUGUGCUACCUAGUGACCGUGCAUGUCGCUUAGAGCACCUCACUGGCCCAGACCACUGGAGUGAAUCUUAAAUAUUUGAUUAGACCAGCGUCAGCCAUCAAUUAUUCUGCAAUCCUGCAUAGCACACUGACGGGGGAAAGGGAAGGCAAACGGCUGAAACGCCUGACCUGUUAAUCGCUGUCCAUUUUGUUCAUGUCACAGUGUGAGUGAGUGAGGUGUAGGCAGAGAGGAUGAGAGGUGACACUGCAUGCAAACUGUCCAGUUAAUGUAGCUCAUGGAACAACGUGAGGUGAAAAUGUUUGAUGAGACGUCACUAGAAAUAUGCAGAUAGACGAAAAAUACACACAUGUGGGUUUGUAUAGAUGCUUCAGUCACGAGUCUUACGUUCGAAAAAGAAUGCCCUCGUUAAUUUGAACUGGAACCUGUGAAAUGUCAAUGAUCCUGAAAAAAAAAUGAUGCUGUAAAUUCAUAAAAUGUUUUCCAUUGUAUUUUCAAAUAUAUUUUACAGUCUUAAAGUAUAAAUAGCUUGGAGAGCUGGUAAAUUUAGAUUUUUAUUUUCACUUGUGUUUUUUGUGUAUUCGAUGCAUUUGUGUCCGUGUCUUAAAAAGCCCGUGUUACAUCACUGGCACUUCGACAGCGUUGCAUGGCUACAUAGUCGCACUGCAAAGAACAAACAGAGCAAAAGGAGCUUGCGUCACUUUGGUGUCAAAAUGGUGAUUUGGAAGCCUCAUGAAUACUGUAUGUUACCCUAAGAGGUAUUCCCCAUUUGCAGACAGAAGGAAAAAAAACGAUCCUUUUUAAGAGACUCUUUUUUCCCCCCUUUCUUUUUACCCUUUCUUGUAUUUGUUUCUGUAUCAUAACUGUCUAUGGUUUUUGCAUAAAAUGCAUAAGGGUUUUGGGAUGUAAAUGGAAUUUUAUUCAUAUUUUGUCCAAAUACCUCUUGUAAUUUGUAUCAGAAUUCUUGUACAAUUUUUAUAUUAAAGAUUUAUCAGUCA